AUGAUGAUCGUCUUCAUCUGGAUCUUCGCUGUACUAGUCACCACGCCCUGGGUUUUCUUCUUCGACCUCGUGGUGGUCUUCGAGGAUAACCCCAACGUCCGUUUGUGCCUCGACGUGUGGCCCAACCCAAUCAGCGAAGUUCUCUAUUUCGUCAUAGGAAAUCUCAUCUUCUGUUAUAUACUUCCCACAGUCCUUAUCACAAUGUGCUACAUACUUAUUUGGAUCAAAGUUUGGAGGCGAUCUAUCCCAACGGAUACUCAAGACGCCCAAAUGGAGAGGAUGCAGCAAAAAUCUAAGGUUAAAGUUGUAAAAAUGUUAGUGGCUGUCGUGAUCCUCUUCGUAUUAUCAUGGUUCCCACUUUACCUCAUCUUUGCAAGAAUAAAACUAGGAGGUCCAAUCCAGAAAUGGGAAGAAGACAUGUUUCCUGUUGUAACACCAUUAGCGCAAUGGUUGGGCUCUUCAAAUUCAUGUAUAAAUCCUAUACUGUACGCAUUCUUCAACAAGAAAUAUAGAAAAGGCUUCGUCGCCAUCAUCAAGAGUAGGAAAUGCUGCGGAAGGCUGCGUUACUACGAGACCAUAGCGCUUCAGUCUUCAAGUACAUCUACCAGGAAAUCGUGGCAUUAUAACAACAACAAUCAUCCGUCGAUCACCCGUAGGUCACCACCGGUCGACAAGAACGCAGUAUCUUUCAUAUUCAAUCAUACCGGCGUGUAA